CUAAGACAGCAGUGAAUCAUCCGAAGCACGCGAAAAGUGCGUCUUUCUCCGUCGUCAAGUUACAAACCCUCGGAGCGGGGUGGGCAUCAAUCAUAAGGAUAAAUAGCUGAAACGUUGUCAUCGUGGCCGCCGUGGCAGGAAGCAGAAUGGAGCUUUCGAGGAUAAAAUUUUUUUUCGCCGGAUUGAUACUCCAGCUGUUGUUCACGAUUGCUGUUCCGCUGCCCUACAACAAGUAUGGCCGCCAGUGCAGUGACAUCGGGUGCCUCUCAAGCCAGGUGUGCGUAAUGUCGUACGACUCCUGUUCCCUGGGCCAACGUGAAGGAAACGAAUGUGGACGCUAUCCCACCUGCAAGAAGAAGACCGACGCCGGACUAGCCGCAGGUCCUAGUGACAACGCUCAAGAUCUGUACAGUAACAAUCCGACACCCCCGAAAGCAUCCGCCCCGUCAAGUGGUGACAGCGACGAUGUUCUCACCAGCUUGGGACUGAACCCCGACGCACCAGACAACCGCAAUCGCCCAGCUUCCCGUCCAAAUCAAGAUCCCUAUGCCAAUCCCUACCCGGCUCUGCCGGUCAAUCCUGCACCCGCACCCUAUCGUCCACCGGCACCUGCUCCUGCACCCUAUCACCCUCCGGCACCGGCUCCCGCUUCUCCAUCAGGUGGCAACAAUUACUACGGUGGUGGUUCUGGUGGUAACGGCGGAAACCGUCGUCCCGGACAGUUCGACGGCGCCGGUGGUAACAUUGUCGUCCCAACGCAGAAACCGGCUCCAUCCGGAGGAUUCUUUAGUGGUAUCCUGGGCGGUAUCCAGAACGCUGUGUCCAAUGCGGUAAAGCAACAGGUUGGAACCUAUAUCAAUCAGCGGCUGGGAAUCGGACCGGCAACUGGAGGUGCUGGCGGACUUUUCGACGCAAAUCGGUUUAUCGAUUCGAAGAACUUUGGUGGCCUAUUUAGCGAGCGGAAGCCAUCUGGUUCGUCAGGUCAAUCGUCCGGAACGGGCAGCUCCGCUACAGGGCCUUACCCGGUAACAGUCGAUCAGCGCACUUCGGCCUAUUCGGCCAAUGCCCAACCAACCUAUAGAGGAAGCUCUUCGGAGACACAAUACCGCCGUCAGACUGCUGCUGGUACUCCUGCUCCGUAUGGCUGGAAGCUGGAUUGAGGGGGACGGUUAUUCCGAAACAUAAAAUGAAAUGAUAUUAUUCAAGUAAACUAACUACACUCCCAGAACAUCUCUCCUAUUUUGAGCAAACAUAACACGAACAAAAGUUCUUUUCGUUUUAAUUGCCUAUAAAUACCCAUAGUGAUAAUCCUAGUUUAUAUAAAUAAUCACCCACAGAUUUGUUAUUUUUGGUAUCUAAUAAAUUAACAUUGACAUA